GACUAUUAAAUUGGGCGGAGCUUUUCAGCCCCCCUUGGCACAUAUGAACCAAUCAGCUAUCGUCUUCAAGUGCGUUGGCUGUUGCCAUGGAUACGGAUUUAACGAGCCCUCUUCUCAGACACAGGUGUUUAUGAUUUUCUUGUCAACAGCUUGUGGGAAGUUGUCAAUACUAGCUGUAAUAUGUACGCGAAAGGUAAAGGCUCGACGGUACCUUCGGAUGCACAGGCACGUGAAAAGUUAGCACUGUACGUGUACGAAUACUUACUACACGUAGGAGCUCAGAAAGCUGCAUUAACUUUCUUGUCAGAGAUAAAAUGGGAGAAAAAUAUAACAUUAGGGGAGCCUCCAGGGUUUCUCCAUUCAUGGUGGUGUGUUUUCUGGGAUUUGUAUUGUGCGGCACCUGAACGCAGAGAUACAUGUGAACACUCUAGUGAAGCUAAAGCAUUCCAUGAUUAUGGCUUUGUGAACUCUGGCUAUGGUGUCAAUGGUAUUGCUCAUAACGCAGGACCAGCACCUAGUCCAUUGGGGCAGAUGCCACCAAAUGAUGGCUUACCUGGUGGUCCAAUGCCGCCUGGAUUUUUUCCAAACUCCACAAUGAGGCCAUCUCCACCAACACAUCCGUCGUCACAGCCGUCCCCUCAUCCUCAGCCCCCACCCCCACACAGUCAAAUGAUGUCCAGUCAGCCAUUCAUGGGACCCAGAUAUCCUGCGGGACCAAGGCCAGGAGUCCGAAUGCCACAAAUAGGAAAUGAGUUUAAUGGGCCUCCGGGUCAACCCAUGAUGCCAAACAGUAUGGACCCUACAAGACAAGGAGAAGGUGGGGAAUUCGUUGGCUGGCAAGGUCCUCCAGGAAUGAUGAAUCCACGCAUGAACCCGCCACGGGGACCAGCGAUGGGUCCAAUGGGUCCUGGUUCAUAUGGACCUAGUAUGAGAGGCCCUCCACCCAACAGUUCAUUGGGCCCAGGUGGUCCAGGUGGCCCCGGAGGACCGGGUGGCCCGGGCAUGCCACCCAUGUCUAUGGCAGGACCGGGAGGCCGGCCUCAGUGGCAACCCAACACUUCUACACCCAUGAACUAUUCAUCUUCAUCUCCUGGGAACUAUGGUGGUCCACCAGGAUCCACAGGUCCACCAGGCCCAGGAACACCCAUCAUGCCCAGUCCACAAGAUUCAUCCAAUUCCGGGGGUGAAAAUAUGUACACAAUGAUGAAGUCUGUUCCAGGUGGAAAUAUGCCAGGGGAUUUCCCAAUGGGAGCUGGUCCAGAAGGAGGUCCAAUGGGACCAAUGGGUCCUAGUACAAUGGGCCCAGUUAUGAAUGGUGAUGGUUUGGAUGGGAUGAAAAAUUCUCCAGCUAAUGGAGGCCCCGGUACCCCACGGGAAGACAGUGGAAGUGGGAUGGGCGACUACAACUUAGGGGGCUUUGGGGGACCUGGGGAAAAUGACCAAACUGAAUCUGCUGCCAUUCUGAAAAUUAAGGAAAGCAUGCAGGAAGAAGCGAAGAGGUUUGAAAAAGACUCCGACCAUCCGGAUUAUUUCAUGCAAUAACACCCCGUCCCAUGUCCAUCCCCAUUCAUGUUCCCAUCCCUUCUGUGAUUGCUUACUUAUACCAUUUAAUGCAGUCAUUGAUAGUUUUAUUCCUCAUAUCCAGUAAGAUGACUAUACUUGAGAGAAUCGGUCUUUGUAAAAUCAGAUUGCAGUUGCAUCACUGCUCCAUUCUCUGUCAGAAUAUAACGUAGUAUAACUUCAACUCAUUUUCAACUCACUUGCCUGGUUUUCACCAAUCGUUGGUUUUUUGAGGGAGUUUUGUAAUGCUAGCAGUCUGAUUUCUUGUGAUUCUUUUGGUAUGAAUGUUAGAUAAAAGUUUGUUUUUUUUUGUUAAAACUCACUUUGAUUGAGGACAAUUUUUUUCCAUCAAAAUUUUUUUAAUAAAGUGGUGUGAAUGUCUUUUUUAAGGGCCAGCCACAAUACACACAGCCAAUUUCUAUUAAAUAAAAACUGUUAUUUUUACUUCUUAGCUAUUGUGCACUCUGAUGUGUGUUGUUAUAGCUGACCAUAGAUUUGAGUGCCCAGUGAGAAACUUUGUUCAAGUUCAUUUCAUCACAAAAGUUAAUAGAAGCAUCAUAUAGUCUCAUAUUUUAUUCAAAAAAUUGUGUAAGUUAGUUUCAUUUUGUGUAGGACAUUUACUUGUAAUUAAAUUUUCUUUCUUACAGGGUUUCUAUGAAUAAAUAAUACCUUUAAGGUUAGUUUCUGUGUAACUACAGCUUUGUCAUCUAUUCAAAUGGCAGUCUGAUAAACUGUUAUGCUCUCUUGUGCUAUAGGGAACACAUGAUUGUUUUCAGUCUGUAGAGAUUUUGUUUUGACGUAGUGAUUUCAUUAGCUAUAAUGUGUUCUUAAUGAUUCCAGGAAGGUUUUUUUUUUAUGAAUUUUAUAUUUUAUAAUGGGUUAUGCCUAUAAAUUAGUAUUGAAUUAUUAUUAAUUAUUUUAUAUUUAUUCUUUAAAUUUUCUUAUACUCUCUUUAUAAUUACUAUAAAUGAACUUGUUCUGUAAAACAAAAAUUAUGGCAAAAUAUUGUUAAAAUCAAAUUACUCUUUCAAGGUGGAAAGAGUUUUAUAUGGCAGUUAUAGGUAUGGAUGAUGAUUAAUAUUAAAGAAAAAGGAAAUAUGCAGUAACAGAAACAGUAUCUCGGUGAAGAUGAAGAUAUACAUGAUUGUACCUGAAUCUUGCAAAGUGUGAAUGAUUGUUGGAUAGCAAAGAGAAGACGUAUUAUGUUAUUUAUUUGCAUAGUUAUUUAUUUUCAUAUUUAUUUAUUUAUUUCAGAUUAUUUUGUGUAAAUCAUUGUUUCAAAGUUAAUUUCAGCGAAUCAUUUAGAGUUGUAUGUAAUAAAUUGAAUAGCUGAAAGAAAUCAAGAGCAUUAUAUUAAACUUUUCAUUAAAUACGUAGUAAUAAUGUAUGUAGCACCAAAGAUAAAAUCAGUACAAAUAUGAAUUAAGCUUGAAGUGAGAUCCAGGAGACAAAAUAAACGCACUUUUAAGAAGUAUUAAUGGAUUCAAAAGAAAAACUUAUUCAUUCAUUUGAAUUGUUUUUUAUUUUUAAAAGUAAGGAAUUUAUAGGUUUUUAGUGGCAUUAAAUAACUUGUAUGGUAGCAUGUGUAUGGUGUAUAGUCAAAUGAAUCCCAGGAACUAGAUGCACGUCUUUGUACCAAUAUUUUAAAACUUUUUAUUAAUAUUUUCAGAUAAAGCAAGUGUUUAAUUUAUAAACCUGCCUGCACAAUAGGGUAUAUUUAAAUACAAAUAUUGGUGUAUUUUCACAAACUUUCUCUCAUAAAUAACUCACACAAAGUUAUAUUAAGCUCUGAACAGGAAUUAUACCUGGUAUUAAAUCAUGUUUCAUUUCUUUAUAAUGUUAAUGUGGUUAUGUAUUCACUUUUAAUAAUCUGGUUUAAAAUGCUGUCAUACAGUUAAUACAUUAUAAUUAAACAUCCCCUAUAUAAUUAAGACCAUCAUAUCUUUUAUUGUAAAAUUGUAUAUUUUUAAUUAAGCAUACUAACCAGCUUUAAAUUGUGUAUUUGUUCCCACUGAAAAAUUGUCACACAAAAGUCAAGCAAAUUUAAAAAAAAAUAAUAAACAAUGGAAUGGUUACCUAAUUCCAUUUUUAAAAUAUUUGAAUAGCAACUUAAGGCUAUGUCUAUUAUCUUCAUUUGCCUGUUUCCCUGUUUAAAGCCAAUUACCAUUAUUAGAGUUUCUUAUUAUACUCACAGUAGUUCUGAAUAAAUAGGUUUUUAAAUAUUUGUACACACCAGUAUUUUCAAGUGUCGAAUUGUAGCUACUAUAACCCUAAAAUGUAUUUGAUGGAAAAUAAAAUAAUUAAAUUAACUGUAAAGAAAU